CGUCCCCAGACCCUUUAUUGAUUUAAAUGACGCGAUACACCUACUUCGAAAUUGGUUGCGUUGGUUGAAAAUCGAUAAAAGAAAAACACAAAAAUAAAUUGUUUAUAUUUCGUCAAUUUAUCAUGGAAAGACUGAGCAGGAAUCGAGGAUUUAACCUCGAGACUUUGACUGACUUCUCGAGGCUGUAAGUAAUGCAUAGAAAACUAAAAAGCUAUAAAAUAUGGAGCAAACCGCGCAAUAUUUUACUGUGUUUGUAAUUUUGUAAUCUCAAAUGAAAAGUAGUUGUUAGCAACCUUGCAAAAGAAGUAUUAGUGUGCUCGAUCUUAUUUCAUUUUUCAAUAUUGCAUUUAUAAAGCAAAAUGCUGCAUCUAUUGAACAGAAAAAUUCAAUAAAUGUAGUUAUUUAUGGUCGAUAUAAAUUCAUAACUGACAUGAAUAAUAAAACAAAUUAUGUAGAGCAGUAGAGCACUACCAAAUCAGGCUUUGACAAUAAAUAUGUAUAGUGUAUUAGUUAUAUUAUGUAGUGAAUUUUUGUACAAUGCAAACUACAGAUUCUAGAUAAUAAUUAUAAUAAUUAACAAGCAGGAUAUAAUGUGAAAAGAAGCUAUAAAACAUAUGUAUAUACUGAACUAUAUGUGCACAAAUAUUCAAAUAAAUGUAAACAAUGUCAUUUGAACACCUGCAGAUUCUCUGUAAAUGAUCGAAAAUUAAUAGAAAUUUACCACAAUUUCCAGUGAAACAUCAAACUUCCAUAGUUAUGUGUGAUGCUUUUGAGGUAGCAUAGUUUUGACGUACUAGUUUUAGUCGGAAUGUUGUCAGUCGGAGGAAAUUGAAUACGUUUUAAUGGUUGGGUGCACAUGAUUUGUCAGAUUAUCAGCGCAUUUUUAGGGCCGAUAAACAGUCCUCAAAAUCUCACUCUUGAAUUGAGUUUUGAAACUCAAACUUUUAUAGUAAAAUGUUUUGUACAAGGUAAGAAAAAAUGACACAAUAUUGAUCAAAGAAAUUUUGAGCUGGCAUGUAAAAGCUAAAAAUUGUGAAGUUUUCAGGGCCUCCACCCUGGGACCCCCAGAGUUCCCCCCCCCCCCCCAGCCAUUUAGGUAAACUGAAUGAGGAGCAUGUUAAAUUUGAAGCACAGAAAUGACCUCAACCAUGACGUUUGCAUUUUAGGGAUGUUCCCACCAAGAAACAUUUGAAGAAUGUUUACUCCGCUCUGGCGAUGAGCAUGUUUGUUGCAGCUGGGGGCGGAGCUGUACACAUGUACACACAGUUCCUCAAGGUACAUUGGGUCAUUCUAGAAAACAUCCAUACCUCCCCCACAGAGGAAAUUAACUCCACCCCCCCCCUAACCCUUUUGGACAUCCUAAUACACUUACCUUUAUUCGAAACUCAUUUUUCUCCCCUCCAGACGGCAAAAACUUUCUCCUCGGAGAGGGCGUGGACCUUUGUAGUACGUCACUUUCCUACCUAACCAUUAAUAUGCUUGCCUUAGAAAUUUCGACAGGUAAUGAUAAGUAACAUGUCAUUCCAGAGAAUGGAGGAAAGGGGAAGUUAUCCCCCACCCCCCUUACCCAUUGGAGAAUAACUAGAGUAGAUUUUACCCUCCACCUUCCCAGACUAUUUCCUUAGUGAAGACAGUGCUGAUCUAUUCUGGAAUAACCCACUUAUCCCAUUAUCAUAUAGGGUGGUUUGCUUUCUGGUUUGGCUGGAAUUGGCCUUCUCUUGUUACUGGCGUUUACUCCACAUGACGGCAAGAAUCAGACAAAAAGAAUUGGUAUGUGCCAGACAUCUUUUGUCAACCUAUUGAGCUGUGCCCUUUCAUACAUUGUUGCACUUUGCCCGGGAAAGCACCAGACAAUCACCAAGCCAUCUUGUACAGUGUAAACCUGUGUAAACAUAGCCUUUACAAUCACUUAAUUAUAGUUUAAUGAAUUUUACAGGUUUUCUCAUGGGCUUUGCUUUUUGCACAGGUAAUUACUGCUAAUCAUUAAAUGCCAUCAUGUAUGACAUCAAUUACAAUUAUUAGUGUACAUUUAACUCAAGUAAAUAUUUUUAUCCUCAUGUUUUCUAGGCCUUGGCUUGGGACCAAUUAUGGAAAGUGUAACUCACAUUGACUCAAGG